GGCUUCCCCCCCCCUUCUUGAUAAGGACUCUAAUAUUGGUUGGCAAUUCACAAUUAUAACUGAUGAAUACUUUAAUAUGGAGCAGAACCCAAUCCAUGCACGCAUGUGUGGGUUUGGUGAAAAGGAUCGACGCCCUAUUGAUCCGCCACCAAUUAUUCGACUUACGGUUCGUGAGGCUGAUGGUAGCGAAGUUGACCUAAGUAUGCCAGGCAAUGUCAAUAUUUCGCGAUGGAUACUUACGGCCGAUAUUUACUCUGCAGACGGAUCCAGUCCCUGUUCACUUGUCACCAACCCUGCGACCACAGCACAUUUGAAUUCUGCAGCCUGUGUUCAGACCAUUGGGGACAUCACCAUGUCAGUCCUUAAUCUCUCGACGGAGCCACCGGUAGUGACUCGUAAUCUGAUAGGAUCCUUAGGAGCAUCGAGUGAACUCUUGAGGGACCUAAACGGCCACUUGGGAAUAUUUUUUGCAUUCCCGGAUCUAAGUGUUCGAACCGAAGGAGUCUACACGCUCAAGUUUUCGUUUACAAUGUUACCAGAGCCUCCAGUAAUGACUUCGACAGUCCUUGCAACGAUACUUUCUGAACCCUUUGAGAUCUACCCAGCCAAAAGGUUCCCAGGGAUGAGAAAAUCAACUGCCAUCUCAAAAAAUCUCUUUGAUCAAGGUGUACGAAUCCCAUUACGCAAAGAAAAAAGAGUUAGUCGUAAGCAACUUAUUGAGACUGAAGCUGAGAUUAGGGAUGACAUGGAUGAGGAUGAAGAAUGA